GUCUCCGCCCCCGGCCCUCCCCGUUUCCUUGCCCUUUCGGCCUCAGGCAGGGUCCCCCGCCCUCUGCUCCGCGUCCCCGCGCUGUCCUGGUCAUUCGGUGUGGCUUUUUGUUGACCAAACGUAGUGGAUGCAGUUUGCGCCAGAGGCCGGUCCAGCCGGCCACCAGGGUCAUUCCCGCCUUCCAGGGUUGCCCGGACCGGCUGCCCACCAGCCGCCUCCUACUCCAGAUUUUCAGUUACUGAUGUUACAAACAACAAAAUACUGGAACACAGAGUUGAGGAAAAGACUUAAACCAGGGCAAAGACUGAAAAUUCUCCCUGAGUCAGAAUUCCUCUUAUUGGUUCUGGGUCCAUGAACUCUCUGCCACAACUAUAAACAAAAAGAGUUUUGGUGUCUCAAAACAGAAAAACAAUUUCUUUUUAACAUAAUAGAGGAACAACUAUAACGGAACAGAUGAUGAAAUGAAGCUGCAUGCAGCUGGCCGGCUGAAGCUGUGGCCUGGAGCAAGAUUUUUCUUCAGUUAGUUAAAGUAUGGAUCCUGAAGCGGAGGUACCAUAUAUUACCAAAGUGACACCUCUCCAACAAAUGCUUGCCUCUUGUAGUGGAGCUAUAUUGACAUCACUAAUGGUGACACCUCUGGAUGUUAUUAAAAUUCGACUCCAAGCCCAAAACAAUCCAUUCCACAAAGGAAAAUGUUUUGUAUAUAGUAAUGGACUUAUGGAUCAUCUGUGUGUCUGUGAAGAAGGCAACAAAGCAUGGUAUAAGAAGCCAGGAUAUUUCCAGGGAACAUUGGAUGCCUUUUUGAAAAUCAUUCGAAAUGAGGGCAUUAAGUCCCUAUGGAGUGGCCUUCCCCCUACCUUAGUAAUGGCAGUUCCUGCUACAGUUAUUUAUUUUACCUGCUAUGACCAGUUAACUGAUCUUCUGAGAUCUAAAUUAGGAGAAAAUGAAAACAGCAUACCAAUUGUUGCUGGAAUUGUGGCCAGAUUUGGUGCAGUAACUGUUAUAAGUCCAUUAGAAUUGAUUAGAACCAAGAUGCAAUCUAAGAAGUUUUCUUAUAAGGAACUGCAUCAGUUUGUCAGCAAGAAAGUAUCUGAAGAUGGUUGGAUUUCCCUUUGGAAAGGCUGGGCUCCUACUGUUCUUAGAGACGUGCCAUUCUCAGCAAUGUAUUGGUAUAACUAUGAAGUUUUAAAGAAGUGGUUGUGUGUGAAAUCUGGUUUAUAUGAACCAACAUUUAUGGUCAACUUUACCUCAGGUGCAUUGUCUGGUUCUUUUGCAGCUAUUGUAACUUUGCCAUUUGAUGUGGUAAAAACACAAAAGCAGACACAGCUUUGGAUAUAUGAAAAUCCUAAAAUUUCUAUGCCUUUGCAUAUGUCAACUUGGGCUAUAAUGAAGAACAUUGUUGCUAAGAAUGGACUUUCUGGAUUAUUUACAGGCUUAAUUCCUCGUUUAAUUAAAAUUGCUCCUGCUUGUGCCAUUAUGAUCAGUACAUAUGAAUUUGGAAAGUCUUUCUUCCAGAAACAGAAUGCUCAAAGACAGCAAUACUAGUGAUGCCAUUUCAACUUGAAAUAACAACCAUAGCCAAAUAAUAAGGUGGAGACUCGUAGGCAAAAACUGUUUUCAUCAUUAUCUUUCAUGACUUUGUAUUUCCUUCAAUUUAAGUGAAUAUUAAUUUCUACUUUGCCUCUAA